GCGGCCCUGCUGCUCACAGCACAUGCCACCCCUCCCCAGGUCGCGGCCCAGCUGACCCCCCCCCCAGGGCUUCCCCUGGCAGCGGACAGGGAAGGGUUAAAGACCCCCAGCUCCCUGCCCUCUGCCCUGGGGAACCCCUGGCCCAGUGGGGACAUGAACUGUGUUUGCCGCCUGUUUCUGGUCGUACUGAGCCUGUGGCCAGAUAGAGCUCUUGCCCCUGGGCCCCCUCCUGGGCCUCCUCGAGCUUCUCCAGACCCUCGGGCCGAGCUGGACAGCACUGUCCUCCUUACCCGCUCCCUCCUGGCAGACACUCGGCAGCUGACUGCACAACUGAGGGACAAAUUCCCAGCCGAAGGGGAUCACAACCUUGAUUCUCUACCCACCCUGGCCAUGAGUGCGGGUGCACUGGGAGCCCUGCAGCUCCCUGGUGUGCUGACACGACUUCGAACUGACCUGCUAUCCUACCUGCGCCAUGUACAGUGGCUGCGCCGGGCAGGUGGUCCUUCCCUGAAGACCCUGGAGCCCGAGCUGGGUGCCCUGCAGGCCCGACUGGACCGGCUUCUGCGCCGGCUGCAGCUCCUGAUGUCCCGCCUGGCCCUGCCCCAGGCACCCCCAGAUCCACCAGUGCCCCCUCUGGCCCCACCUGCCUCAGCCUGGGGAGGUGUCAGGGCGGCCCACGCCAUCCUUGGGGGACUGCAUCUGACACUGGACUGGGCCGUGCGGGGACUGCUGCUGCUGAAGACGCGGCUGUGACUGGGACCCAAAAUCAUCAUCGUCCUUCAAAGCCAGAUCUUAUUUAUUUAUUUAUUUCAGAACUUGGGGCUUAGCGGCCAGGUGCUACCCCCCCAUCUUCUCCCCCUAGCAAGAUAUAGUUCUUCCAUGAG